AUGAUAACCAACAUGGGCGCAGUUGGCGACUGCUGGUUCCUCUCAGCGCUGGCGGUGGUUGCAGAGAGGCCCGAUCUUGUCCUGAGACUCUUCCGUGGCGAGACAGCCACGCAGCGCUCCGGACGCUACGAAGUUCAGCUGUUUCUUGACGGCAAGUGGACAUCCGUGGUGGUAGACGACCAGCUCCCCUGUGUCGGGGCCGCCAACCAGCGGCGCCCGGAUGGAAGCGGCCUGGUCUUCAGCCGCGCCAAGGACAGCCAGCUCUGGGUACCUGUGCUGGAGAAGGCUUAUGCCAAGGCCCACGGCUCCUACAAGGCCAUCAGCGGCGGGUCUGUGGCCGAGGCCUUGCAGGACCUGACCGGGGCACCUUGCGAAAGCAUCGACCUCGAGGCAGUGGAGUCGCCCGGGGAGCUGUGGGAGCAGCUGGUCAGCUACCACCUCAUGGGCUUGCCCAUGGGCUGUGGCACCGCUGGACAUCCGGAGCUCGCAGAAGUGGGCCUGGUGGGCUACCAUGCGUACAGCAUCUUGGACCUCCAGGAGGUUGACCACCGUGAUGUUCCGGAACCUUUGCGCUGCGGUGGCAGCGAGCCCAUACAGCUCCUGAAGCUUCGGAAUCCACAUGGUAUGGGCGAGUGGAACGGCGAGUGGUCUGAUAAUUCCGUGCUUUGGACGGAGCUUCUGGAGACGCGCCUCGGGCGCUCUGGCUCUGAUGAUGGCACCUUCUGGAUGGACUUCAUGCACUUCCUGAUGGCCUUCCAAGUCGUCGACGUUUGCUUCGCCCACCCCUCCUGGAACAGCCGAAGCUUUCAGAACUCCUUCUGCGCAAAGACUGAUGAGACGAGGCUGUGCCGCUUUGCCUACUUCCUCGAGCUUGCUGACGCGACGAGUCUCUGCAUGUCCGCGAUCCAGCCCACGAAGCGCGGCACCUUCGCCCGCGAUGACCGGAAGAGAUUCUAUCAGCCAGGCGAUGUGAGCCUGCUGCUUGUGGAGCUACAAGCCCAAUCAGAGUGUGGAUGCCUCAUUGCUGGACGUCUAGGCGGCAGCAGCGCGCGAAGCACGCUCCAGGUGGACCUUCCUGCUGGGAAAUUCCUCCUCUGCCCGCUUGUUCUGGGACCGGGCCCGCUUGGUUUGGAUGUGUCAGGUCCCGAGGCAUCGGCCUGGACCUUCCGGCUGCAUUGUUCCCAUCCCGUUUCGGUGCAGCCGGCCUCCGGACGCUUUGCCGCCGCGCUCGAGCGCACUGCAGCAGCCGCACUGCGCUCCGCGGCUCUCCCGGGUGCACGUGGCUUGGGGCCGAAGGAGAGCGUCAGCGUCAAGGAAGUGCAGACGGGCAUCUUCCUGAUCCAAAAGCGUUUCGAUGGCGUGGCGCUCUUGUCCAUCGCCCACAUGCGAAGUGGCCACGGUGGCGGCGGCAAGCCGCUUCUCCUCCAGGUUGUUGGCAAAGCAAUGUGGGCGAGGGGCGCGACGGGACUGCUUACCGCCAAGAGAGUUCCACCAGCCUUGGAGCAAAAGCUCCCGUGCCAGCUGUGUGCGCAGAGCGGCCACGCCAGCCGCAACUGCCCGAACUCGAGACGCAGACCCCGGUACGUGCGGUGGUCCAAAGAUCUGGCCCCAUGGCAGCUGUUCGAAGUGGACCUGCAACUGGAGCCCGGCAAGCUCGCGCUUUGCAUGGCCCUGGUGGCCAGCUCCGAGCAGGGCACAGUGGGCUUCGUGGCCACCGUCGACGGAAGGAAGAACGGCGGUGGCUAUGCAGCUGCUGCAGGGCGAAAUGUUGGACCGUUUGCCUCCACCGUGGACUGGGAUGAGGAGGAAAUCCGCAGAUGCUCCGAGCUCAACGCAACGGCGUCAUCAGAGGAGGAGCAGAUUGCAAGAGCCAUCGCCCUCUCUUUGGCUGAGCAGCAGGGCCAGGAGCCAGGUCUGGCGGUGGACCUGGCCGAGGACGUGGCACUCCAGGCAGCUCUGGUCGCUUCCAUGGGAGGAGGGGCGGCCCCCGCGACGCAAGCCGACAGCGACGGCCAGCCCAAGGCGUCUACGAAGGCCGAGUCCCAGCGUGGCAAAGCCCGCGCCAAGGCGGCGAAUGCGCCCGCGGACGCCGAGGUGGCCGAAGCUAUUGCAGCUCUUGCCCGAGGGCGCCCAGGUGGCUCCGUGAGCGUCAACGAGCUCAACCAGGAUGCAGGAUGCAAGAAGGUGUUGAAGCCUUUGCAGAAGAAACAUGGCGUGAAGCUUGGCAAGGCCUGGCUGGAGAAAUUCCCGAGCAUCCUGUCACUGUCCGAGGAGGGCAGCUCCAUCGUUGUGAGAGCAAAGACAUGCAAGUGGCCCUCCACCGAGUGGACGCCUACGGACCCCAUGAGGAACCUUGCGCAUGGAUCAUUCCUGGCGCUGGGCAGGGGGCAGUUGAAGGGAAGGGGCUUCCAGGUUGUGGCUAAGGCUUGGUCACAAGACCCAGCCAUCACAAUCUUCACGCAAGUGGGGUCCGUGGAGAUCGAUCGCAUGACCGAUGCGCAGGGCGACGUCAUCGCCGCGAGCGAUAAGACGGCAGCUGCCGUAGCUCCCAGCGGCGCAGUGCCCAAUGCUUCGGCACUUUGGGUGAAGCAGGGGGUGGACAUGGCACUGGUGACCUGCGUCGUCCUCGCCGUGCAAAAGCUUGGGGCGUCUGCGCCCUCCAGGGGCUGGACCAGCCAACUCCUCCCUGCCAGGCGCUGA